AUGAUAGAGAGUGAUAUCCCGGCCAUAAUGUCAGGAAUCAUUAGGAACUCAGGGCAAAACCACCACCCUUCCCAGGAGUACAGGCUCUUGGCUUCCGACCCAUCCCAGCUGAGCGAGGAUGAGCUCCCUGGGGACCUGCAGUCCCUGUCCUGGCUGACGUCCGUGGAUGUGCCCAGGUUACAGCAGAUGGCCAGUGGGAGGAUGGAUUUCAGCCUUGGGGCCCAGAAUGCCAUGCUCCAGCAGCCAGGUCCUGUGACAAACACCCUGCACUCAACAGGAGCUCCUGGAGCAAUGAUCCAUGUCCAGGCCAGCCUUCCUCAGGGAAUCCUGGGCCUCAAUUCUAUUUCAACACAUGGAGCAAAUAUGAGCCCCUAUGCCGUGGGUGGGCAACUGUCUCCUGGUUUACAAACACAGCAACAACUCUUUCCUCCUCCUCCUCCUCAUCCUCCUCCUCACUCCCAGCAGGUGUUUGCCCUGGCCCAGAACACCCAACAGUGUAACCCAGCAGGAAUCUACAACACAUCCUAUGGGACACAGCCACACUAUUCCCAGCCACGCCUGGCUCCUCACUCUGCCCAGGAACUGCAUCCAAAGCAUUAUCCCAAGCCCAUCUAUUCAUACAGCUGUUUGAUCGCGAUGGCUCUGAAGAACAGCAAGACCGGGAGCCUCCCCGUGAGUGAGAUCUACAGCUUCAUGAAGGAGCACUUCCCCUACUUCAAGACGGCCCCGGAUGGCUGGAAGAACUCCGUGCGCCACAACCUGUCCCUGAACAAGUGCUUUGAGAAGGUGGAGAACAAGCUGAGCGGCACCUCCCGCAAAGGGUGUCUGUGGGCCCUCAACCCCGCCAAGAUCGACAAGAUGGAGGAGGAGAUGCAGAAGUGGAAGAGGAAGGACUUGGCUGCCAUUCACAGGAGCAUGGCCAACCCAGAGGAGCUGGACAAGCUGAUCACCGACAGACCCGAGAGCUGCAGGCGGCCCAGCAAACAGGCAGAGCCCGAGGUGACCCCCCUGAGCCACCUGGCCACGGCCCAGGGCCGGAUCCCCGUGUCCCAGCUCCAGCCUCAGCCCAUCAUGACUCUGUCCCUGCAGUCCCUGCCCCUGCACCACCAGCUGCAGACCCAGGCUCGCAUCACCCCAAACUCUCCUGCCCCGGCACAGACGCCUCCCCUGCACACCCUGCCCGACAUGAGCCACAGCCCCCUGCCCCACCACCCCCUGGGAAGGGCCCCUCCGGAAUUCCCCAGCGUGCCGGCGGACAUGAGCACGGAGGUGGAUGCCCUGGAUCCCAGCAUCAUGGACUUUGCACUGCAAGGUAACAUCUGGGAGGAGAUGAAGGACGAGAGCUUCAGCCUGGACACCCUGGGUGCCUUCAGCACGUCCCCUCUGCACCUCUCUGACUGCGACCUGGGCACCCCCGGCCUCACGCCCGUGUCCAGCAGCAGCGACCGCUCCUUCCCAGACCUGCAGGUCACCGGCCUCUACACCACCUACACCACCCUGGACAACGUGGCAGCUGCUCAGUACAACCCCCAAGGCAACAAACCCAUCCCUCUGCUCUGA